GUGCGUUCUGGCUGUGGGAAGUUGCGGGCUGACUAUGUCUUUUCCGAAGGCUCCGAUCAAGCGUUUCAAUGAGGCACCAACUUGUGCCCCACCACCCGGCUCUUAUAAUAUCAAAACUUCAGACCCAUCAAAAGGACCUGUGUCUUUUGAAAAGUCUCAGCGAUUCAAGAUGCAGAUGGAAGAUGUAGGUGCUCAGCCAGAUCCAAGCAACAUGAAACCUAUCCCUUCCCCAGCAACUACAAGAAAACUUCCACCUCUCGGUUCAAGACCAAAAAGCAUGGGAAUAAAGUCUGACAAGAGUCUGAUUGGCAUUAAAGAAUUGAAAAAACAAAAAGAGCUGGAAAAGGAGAUUCGGAUCCUAAUUGGAAUACGUGCCCAGCAAGAUAAAAGAUUGCAAGCUCUGGAGGAAGAUCAUGCCAAGUCUGAAUCAAAGCUGUCUGCUGCAGUCCGUGAGAAAAACACUCUUUUAGCAAAUAUUGCUUCUCUAGAAAAACAGCUUUUGGAGUUGAGAAAAAGCAAUGACUUGCUCAAAACAAAGUGUUUUGAAGAUGGAACCCAGAAGAAAAUGCACAAUCUCUAUUUAGAAUUAAUGAAGCUUAGGAACAAAAUGAAUGCAAAAAAGAUGGUUCCUGUUAAAAAUGGAGACAUGGAAAUUAAACUAAAUGUGCCCCAAGGAAUUGUGGAGAAAAAACUGGCCCAGCCGGAAGAAUUAACAGAAAUAGAGAGACCAGCAGAAGAGAAAUAUGACUUGGACAAACUCCUGGAAUGUAUUGUAGAACUUGGAAAUGUUGCAGAACAAGUUUAUGAUAAAUACCAGCUGCAUAUUGUCCAACUACAGGAAAUAAUAGAAUCCAAAAAAAAGGACAUUGAAACAUUGGAAAGUACUCUUUAUCUGAAAGAAACUAUGCUAUCUACACAAACUGAGGAACUGAAUGGAAAGUACAAAAUACUUGAGGAGCAGAAAGAGAAAUGUGUCCAUGAAUAUGAAGAAAAGGAGCAAGUUAUGAAUGCUGAAAUACAAUGCUUAAAAGAAAAACUUUCUACAGAAGAACAGGAACACCAAAACCAAAAGAAGAUUUUUAAGGAAACUUCAGCUGAAAUGCAUCAGAAGUUACUUAAAUUCCAAGAGGAGGUAGCUCAAGAGAGAGAGAUACUAGAGGUAGAAUUGAAAGAAGCCAUGGAGGAGCUGGAUAAAUUGCACACCAAAGAAGCUAAAGUUGAAAAGCUUUUAAAGCAUUUGGAACAGGUUAAUGAAUCCCAAAAUGAGGAGUUAUCACAGCUGGAAGCAAAACUGCAAAGGAAAAGUGUAGAGUUGGAAGAAAUGGCUGCAUCACACAAGAGUACCAUUGAAAAGCUGCAAGAGGAAUAUAACCAGCUCCAGCUUAAAUUUGGAGAGACUGCCACUGAAUUUGAAAAUUACAAAGUCUGCAUGACUGAAGAGAUUGCAUGCCUGAAACAAGACAAAGCUAAUAUGCAGGAGAGAUUAACUGAGAUGAGUAGGACAGUCCAGAAUGUGACUCAUGCAAUGCAAGAAGAACAGCAUUCUAAAGACCAGGCAAAAGAAGAUUAUAUGAGGAUGCUUCUUGACAGUCAAACAAAAAUAGAACUAAAAGAUGCGGAAAUAGACAAAAUCAAGGAAUUGAGCACUAUGCAAAUUGCUAAUUUACAAGCCAAACUGGAAGAGCAAAGUGAAGAACUGAACAAAAAACUUGAAAUAGAAAGGAAAACCAUUACUGAAAAAAUUGGAGCAGAUUACAAAAAGAAUAUAAAAACUUGGCGUGCACUCUAUGAAGACCUGUAUAAUAAAGUAAAACCUUUUCAGCAACAGUUAGAUGCAUAUGAGGCAGAGAGAAAUGCCCUUCUAAAUGAGCAUGGUGCAACCCAAGAAGAACUGAACAAAAUUAGUGAUGCUUAUGCUAAGUUGCUGGGCCAUCAGAAUCAGAAGCAGAAGAUCAAACAUGUAAUGAAACUGAAAGAAGAAAACACCCAACUAAAACAGGACUUAUUAAAGUUGCGUGCCCAAGCAGCAAAGGAAAAACAAGCAAGGGAAGAGCUCCAAGAUCAAAUUAAUGAAAUUCAGGGUAUUAGGCGAUUUGAUCCUUCUAAAGCUUUUCAGCAUCCUAGCAAGGAAAAUGUUGCUCCCAAAACACCCUUUAAAGAAAGUAACAGAAACAAAAAUCAAGCUGUUCUACACUGAUCAAGAACAAAUUCACACUUGAUUCAUCUUUCCAAGAAAGUAUUGUCUACUGCCUUGUGUGCUCAAAUCUAUAUUUCUACAAUAGAAAGUUGUCUUUAAAUAUAUAUUUUAAUACAGCAAGUAAUUAGUACUUUUAAAUUAUCUAAAACACAAAUGGCCGCAGCAAAUUCUAAAAAUAUUAAUAAGGUACAAUUAUCAAACAUUUAAAUGAAAACCUAGUAAGUUUUGUAGCCAACUCAGUGCACAAAAACCUAAGUGAAACUUCUUUAGAUGCAUACACAGGGUAUGUUACAUAGUUAAACUCUUGACUUUUGUACAGUAUUUUAAAAAUUGAAACAGUUGUUUCAAUGAUAUAAAUAGCUUAUAGUUGUGGAAGUGCUUAGUCUUCAAACAUCAUACAACUCAUAA